AUAAAAAUAGUCUCUGAAAAAAUGGUGUAGUUAUUUAUAAAGAGGUUUUAAAUCCCGGGACACACGCAGGCAUUCCUGCGUCCACUAAACAGCAUCCCAACGCUGGAGUGUGACAGAAGCUCCAUGGACCAGUCGUCAUGAUAUUCAGCCCGUCUAUCCUCCCCUACCUGCAGCCCCGCCCGCUGAUUCAUCGGCUACUGGCCGAGUUCUGGGCCAGUGGUUGUGCAACUUCUCGAAGAUGCCUCUGCACACGAGGCCACACCCCUCCGCCUGUGAUUGGCCAGGACUCAGUGGAGGUGUUAGGCCACUCCUACCCUCGCGAUGACUUCACCAACAUCACUCUAAAGAUCUUGGCCAAGGUGGGCCGCAACCUUCACAACCAAUCACAUCAUCCUCUCUGGCUCAUCAAGGAGCGAAUCAAAGCUCACUUCUACAGCUCCUUCAUUGGCCGCUCGGGAAACCCUCUCUUCUCUGUCCAUGACAACCUCAGCCCUGUGGUUACUGUGGAGCAGAACUUUGACAGCUUGUUGAUCCCGGCCGACCACCCCUCCAGGAAACCAGGAGAUAACUACUACCUGAACAGAACAACGAUGCUCCGCGCUCACACGUCUGCUCACCAGAGGGAGCUGGUGAGGUCGGGCCUGGAUGCCUUCCUAUUGGCCGGAGACGUUUACAGACGAGACGAGAUCGAUGCCCAUCACUACCCCAUCUUCCACCAGAUGGAGGGAGUCCGACUCUUCUCCAACCACGAGCUGUUCUCCAGGGUGCAGAACGGUGAAGACCUGUCUCUGUUUGAGGCACGAGGUCGACGGACGCCUCAGAAACAGGAGACGCACAGUCUGGAGGCUGUGAAGCUGGUGGAGUUCGACCUGAAACAGACUCUGACUCAACUCGUCACCCAGCUCUUCGGCCAAGAUCUGGAGGUCAGGUGGGUCGACGCUUACUUCCCCUUCACUCACCCCUCCUUUGAGAUGGAGGUGCGUUUCCACGACGACUGGAUGGAGGUGCUGGGCUGUGGAGUGAUGGAGCAGGAGCUGCUGAAUUCUGCGGGGGCGAGGAACAAGCUGGGCUGGGCGUUCGGUCUGGGCCUGGAGAGACUGGCCAUGGUCCUGUACAACAUCCCAGACAUCCGGCUGUUCUGGAGUCACGACGAACGCUUCCUCAAACAGUUCAGAGUGCAGGACAUCAACCAGCACAUCUGCUUCAAGCCCCUCAGUAAAUACCCAGCGCUGCACAACGACAUCUCCUUCUGGCUGCCGGACGGCUCGGAGAGCUUCACCGAGAACGACUUCUACGAGCUGGUGCGCUCCAUCGGAGGAGAUCUGGUGGAGAAAGUCUCGCUUGUGGACGAGUUCACGCACCCAAAGUCUGGAAGGCGGAGCCACUGUUAUCGAAUCAUCUACCGGCACAUGGAGCGAACGCUGACCCAGGAGGAGGUUCGAAACGUCCACCAGCAAAUAGAACAGGCUGCAGAGACGGAGCUGGGUGUGCAGGGCCGAUACUGACACACACACACACACACACACACACACACACACACACACACACACACACACACACACACACACAGAGCUGUGAUGCAGCUUCGUCAUGUCCUCGUAGCUGUGAUUUUUCGCCGCAGGGAGAAACGUGUUGACAUCAGUCCAGACGUCACACUCUGCUUUUAAUGCAGCCGCUUCACGCUCACAUGCAGCAGGACGUCACUCUGUCUCCUGAGUCCUCUCCUCUUCCAGCAUCACAAUUAGACACGUGUCACCUUUAAUUUAGAGACGCGCCCACCGGCCGCUCUGUGCUUCAGUUUUUUUUUGUUUUUUUGUGGUUUUGUGACGGCAGCCUGGACCUCGGCAGCUGUUCUGUUACUGACCACCGAGAACAUUAUUCAGCUGAUACAUGCAGCACGAACGCGGUGUUAAAUCCACCAGACAUGUUGCUGAGACUCUUUCUGAAUCUCACACAUUUAAAUGUUUCAUUUUUUUUCCUCACCCCAUCGUUUAUAACAUCAGUACUCACACUCACUCACACCGAAAGUUCAAAGAGACCCAGAAACUUCUCCAUGUUGGAACAAAUCACAUUUUUAUUUCUUAAAAACUUGUCAAACUAAUGAAAAUGAGGUAACGUUUGAGUCUCUGAGUCUUCGUAACCACAUUUCGCUGCUUGGAGACUUUCAGAUUCCACUGAAGUCAUUACGUCAUGUUCAAAUACACUUUUUACACUUUUACAACCUAAACACAAACGCUGAGUUAGACAGUGGUUAAAUACAAGACAAAAGCCAAACUAAAUUAUGUCUCCUGUGUCGAGGAACCCAAGAUCAGCAUCAAGACUUAAGUCAUGAUGCUGAGCCUCUCAUUCAUUCAUUCAUUGAUUGUUUGUAGCUGUGUGGAGGGAGCUUAUCUUAGCUGUCACUGUGUGAGAGGCAGGGUCUGGACCCUGGUCAGGUCUCCGUUAAUCUCAGGGCUAAAGGUGCUUUUAAGGUACUGAGGGACCUAGACGCACUAACCUAUGUACGUAGCCUACGCCGGUGCAGCUCAUUUAUACUUCAUUCUACGUUCAUUCUGUAACAACUCCACCCAAACACUAGGCGGCGCUGUGUCUUUUUUACUAGUCGGGUUCAUUUUUGUUUCCACUUCCUGCUUCACUUCACGAUUCUUUAUUGAUCCAAAACAAUUCAUAAAUCACGGAGAUGGAGAAGCAUCCGGAAAUACUAAAGAGGAAACGCUACUAUCAAGAGGACCAAUCACAGCUCUUGCAUUCUGCAUCACGUAGUCACAACUUGACGCAGAAAUAUUAACCACCUACAACGCAGAGAAAAAAUUAACUGAAGUCAACGUUGAACUGGAUCUGAAGAAACUCUUUCAACUGUAACAAAAUGUUUUUCUUUUCUUUUCUAUGUUAAAAGGAGAGAGAUUUACUUAACGCUGCAGUUUGUGUUGUUUUUUAUGACGUGUUUGUUUCUUUAGAUAAAACCAUUAAAACGGUUUGGACACAUUG